AUGAAGGGUGGAAAACAAUCAAAGACUAAGACAAUUUGGGAUUAAGUUAAAAAUGAAGAAAAAGACUUCUAUUUCAACUUCCUCACCAAAAAAUAUAGAAAUCUCCAAAAAAAACUUAAAGACAUUGCUGAUUUAGAAGAAUUGUAAAAAACUAAAGAAUUGAAACCUGAACAAGUUUAGAAGAUCCAAAACAAAGAUGAAAAUAAUGAAAGAAUUAAAGAAUUAGAAGCCUAAGUCUCAAAUUGGUUGUAAGCUAAGAAGGAAGCAGAAUAAAGUGGUUCUAUCAUCACCCAAGAGGCCUUCAUCCUCAUUUUGGAACAUCUAUCCGAGAAUUAAGACACCCUAGAACUGCUCUCUUAAGAUCACUAAUCUUUAUAUGAAUUGGCUAAAUAGCUUCAAAAUAGAGUCAAUAAUCAAUAGAAGAAGUAGGAUCAAUAAUGGAAGGGUUUGAAAUUAAAACACCAAUAAUAACCAGAAACUCAUCACCAUCACCACCAUCAUCAUCAUCACGAAGAAACAACCCAACAAGUCCACUAGUAACAAUAAGAGACCACUCCAUAACCAGACACAAUUGAAACUCAUAAGGAGCAUUCUGUUUAAUAGGAAUAAUACGUCUUGAUCAAAUCCAGUCCAAAGAAAAUAUUCCAAGAUGAAAAUCGUUAAUAAGUCCAUUAACCUAUCGAUUAGCUUACAAAUUAACAUACUGAAUAAUAAGAAUAACAAGGAAAAUAAACUCACCCUCAAUAAGAAGUUCCAUAAUAAUAGCAAGCACCAGAAGGAAAAGAGGAACAUUAAAAUGAUUAAAAAGGUAAUCAUUAACACCCAAGAGAUGGACAUAGACACCAUCAACAUCAUGAUGAUCAAAGAAAAGGAUACAAAAAGAAUUAUCAUAAUGACAGAAGAAAUAACAAUAAUGGAGAUAACAAUAAAUAAUACAGAGGAAAUAAAUACCACAAUAGAGAUAGACCCUAGAGAGAAGAAUGGUAAGAAAAGAAGGAAAUCCAAGAACACGAUCAAAAUAAUGAUAAGUAAGAUCAAAACAGUUCAGAUGAAGAAUAUAUCACCAUUGAACGUAGAACAAAAAAGCCUUAAUAGAAACCAAGCAGAGGAUCAAAUAGACAUCAUUAUGAUAACAAGAAUAGAUAAUAGAGAAACCCAGGUGAUAAUCAUGAGACUGCUGAUGCCUAAUAAUGAGAUUAUAUUUAAAAAUGUAUAAAAUAAAGAAUAUUCGAUCUAA